GUGCAGAGCGCUCCUCCCCUGGCCAGCGCCCGCAGUCGCUCGGGCCUCGCUUUAGGGGCCGGCAUGCAGCCGCCGGGCCAGGCGGAGAUCCACGCCGGGGACCGGCUGAGCGGGGCGGCCGCCCGGGGGGACCUGCCCGAGGUGCGGCGCCUCCUGCAGCACGAGCUGGUGCAUCCCGACGCCCACAACCGCUUCGGCAAGACGGCGCUGCAGGUCAUGAUGUUUGGCAACGUCUUCAUAGCCCAGGAGCUUCUGAAGCAAGGGGCUAGUCCCAACGUCCAAGAUGAGCUGGGCAUGGCCCCCGCCCACGAUGCUGCCCGCACUGGGUUCCUUGAUACCCUGAGCGUCCUGGUGGAACACGGGGCGGAUGUGAAUGUCCCAGAUGCCUCGGGCUCCUUGCCCCUGCAUGUCGCCGUCCGGGAAGGACACGCCGAUAUCGUGCGCUUCUUGGUGUCUCGGUCCAACCUGCGCCACCGAGAUGCUGAGGGACGGACGCCGCUGGAGCUGGCGCGGCACCUGGGGCUGACGGACAUUCAGGGUGUUCUUGAGUAGCCCUUCGGCAGCCUCGACCUGGCCAUUCCUUGGGCCGAAGGGUCAGCAUCAGCACUGAGUCAGCUUGGCAAAGGACUCUCCCUUGAAGAACUCGAGCCCCGGAACAAAGACAGCUUCUCCUGUCCUUCCUACCUCAUGCUCUGCGUUUGUUUCUAUUUAUAUUAUUUUUGUCAGUUUUCUUCACUUGCUUCUGAUUUCUCCUGUUCUGUUGAAUCUUGCCAGUUCCUUGAGAGCUAGAUACCCCUGCUGGUGGACCAUGUGGCUUGCUCUCUACCCCUAUGUGUUGCACACAGAUUGGAUGUGUGGCCCAACCCCCUGCUCUUCUACACUUUCAGAACUUGCUCAGCACCUAUCUGGAUGGAAUUCGAUCUGUCUGUCAUUGCUGAAGUCCCCACCCACCCUGUGCUUUCCUCAGUUCAUGGUAUGUUGUGACAGUUUCCACUGUGCCUCUGCAGAUGGCUAUUCUUGCCUUUCACACAAGUGUUGAAAGCGUGUACUGAAUCUGUUCUAUUUGACUGAAAUGUUUUAAGCUUGGUUUUGGGUUUUUUUUUUUAAAUUGGCAGCUUGUUCCCUGUAAUGAAUUUGUGGAUCUGAGCUAUGUACAUAGAUUUCUAAGGAAGGAAAUUCUUAUUUUUAAUUUAUUGUGAUUUGCAAGGGUUUGUUUUAUGGAAUGAUUAAUUUACUUAUUAAAAAAAAACAUGACAUCUGUGGCUUAUUGGA